ACGUAGUGGACAUUAGCAUGCAUAACUGGGCUGUGACAUUACAUGAUGCACCACUUGACUUCGCAAUCGUGGACAGAGAAUAUCCAAACGGACUCCCACCAGGCACUCCCACUGGUAAUCUACCCAUCGCAUAUGAUCCCAGCACUCUUUCUAGAAUCCUCGCAUCCGAAGGUUACACAGGUAGCUUUUGGUCGCCGCCUCCAAACGGCAUGCAGCAGAAACUCCCUUCUCUCCCCCGUAACCAGAAUCCAAUGCCAGUUCAUCAGGAACUUAGUUCACCCUGGCCCGAAUACUGUCCAUCGCCAUAUCCCCGCCAUUCUAAUCAAUUUGUU